AAUCACUGUGGUUUAAUCAGUCUGUGGUGGUUAAUUACACAAUGUUCUGGUCCAGUCGAGAAAUCCAGCUGCUCAAUGCUAUAUAAGAGACAAAAGUGCAGCAGAAAGGAACGUUCAACAAGUUUGACCAAAUCACCUGCAGAUUUUGCUGUUUGGAUCAUUCAGUGUGGAAAGUGAACAGGUUGAAACCGAGUAUUUGGAGAGUUACGAUGGCUGAAUGGACUCUGAUUUGCUCUGUGCUGCUAACAGCCUGCGUCCUGCUGCAGCUUUGUGCCGCUCAAACGAGCUGCUGGGGCCGAUGUGGAGAGCCAUUCUCACGUGGGCAGAUCUGUACCUGUGAUAAUGAAUGUCUCACUCACAACGAAUGCUGCAAGGACUAUGAGAAAGUCUGUACCUCCAGUGACUCAUGCAAGGGUCGAUGCCAGGAAGCUUUCAGGAGAGGGAGGGAGUGUGAGUGUGACCCUGACUGCACCCUUUACAACUCCUGCUGUCCUGACUACAACACACACUGCGAUAUGAAUUAUACUGCACCAGAAGUUAAGAACGGCAAAAAGUCCGGAGCUUGUGUUAACGGUGAGUUCAGGUCAGCGCUCCCUCCCGGAGGCAUUGUUGUGAAGCCAGUGCCACUCACUGAAGAUCUAGCUGCAUCUUCUGCUGCUCUUUACCUCCCUCUUCCUCCUGAAAAUCCUAUAGAAAAUACAGCAGCCCCUCUUUAUGCUGGGACUUCAUCUCCUGGAGAAUCUCUUACCGAUGGAAAUGGACAAGUCCAGAUUUCUAUUUCUAUGCUUGACCAAAGUGGAGGCCCUAAUCAACCCUCUGGUGUCUUGGAGCCUUCUGCAGGAAGACCGAGCACACUGACAGACAUAGCUCAGGCUCUGGAGGCCGCUAACACAGCAGGACAGCCAAUUAAAGAUCAGAGCUCAAGCCCUAGCCUCUGCAAUGGUCCCCCUAUCAACGGUGUUGCUUCACCAUUCAACAGCUCCAUCAUUGUUUUCAAAGGUCAUUUCUUCUGGCUCCUGGACCCCAAGACCAGAUCAGCCGGUCCUGCACACAGUAUUACAGCAGACCUAGGCAUUCCCUCACCUAUUGACACUGCCUUCACUCGCUGCAAUUGCGAGGGCAAGACCUACAUUAUCAAGGGUGAUAAUUACUGGAGCUUUCAAAAUGGUGUGAAAGAGCCAGGUUACCCCAGAUCUGUGUCUAGGGACUUUGGGGGGCUUUCUGGAAAAGUUGUUGCUGCUCUCUCUGCCCCUGCCACCAGGAACAAGCCAGAGACUAUUUACUUCUUCAGGAAAGGAGGUACGGUGCAGAAACUCACCUACCCUGUUGGAAGUGGGCAAACCUGCACAGGGAAAAAAGGAAAGAACCCCAUGUCUGCUAAGAAUCAGCAACCAGCCAAACUAUCCGGAGAGAUCAACAUUAGCCUGAAGUGGAAGGGGUUCCCCACCCCGGUGACCUCUGCUCUCUCCAUGGCCAACUCAAAGAAACCUGAUGGGUUUGACCACUACGUCUUCUCCUGGCCUAAAGUCUUCAGCAUUAAGAUCAGCGGUGAUAAUCCUGUUUUGGCAUCUACUGCUAAGCCGUCUGCUGAAAAUGAUGUCAAAACCUGGCUCAACUGUCCUUAAUAAAUAAACCAAAAGCAAAUACAAGCCUGAGCUCGUCGUUCAGCAGCAAGCCACCUUAUAUCAGCAAAAACACUGAACAGCUUUAUUCAUUAUUAGCAAAACACUGAACAUCAUUCAUACAGUACAAAAUUGCAAUUCGGAAUCAUAAUUAAGCAGAACUACAGCUGAGACAACUACAAGAACUUAAAAAUGUAAUAUGUACAAAAGAAAAACUGGUGCACUGAAUUAGAAGCUUUACUUCUUUAAACACCUUUGGGCAACAAGUAGAAGAUUUCACAACUAGCACUGAGAUGUGAUCAGAACGGCGUGCCUCUGCUGAAGCCUCGGCCACGACCACCACGAGGAAAA